CUAAAAAUGGCUGGAAUAUCAUCUAAUAUUUUGCCUAUUAAAAACUUAUAUUUAUGACUUUAAAAAUUGUUAUACACUUACUAUUUCUAACAGCGCUGUCAACGCUUUUAAAAACGUUACCUUUCCAUAGUAUAAAUGAAAAAUAAAAUAUAUAUUCUCGUUAUUUCAAGACUUUAUAAAAAAAAUAUUACCAAUCAAAACUAUGCCACCAGUUAUAUAUAUAUCCCAAUCAAUUUUAUCUGAUUUAUUUCAAAAGAGUAAAAAAUUCAAUAAGUUAUUCAAAAUAUUUAUAGUACCAAAUUAUAUUUACACUGAUUAUAAUAUGAUAAAAAUGACUUCCAAAGAUAAAUACAAUAAUUAUGGUGUAUAUAACACAUUGAAAAGAGAGUACGACACAAGGAUUGAUAUUAAAAAUUAUAAAAAUACACACUUUGAAAAUCAUAUUUCACAAAAAAAAGAUAAGCGACUUAAACAAGUCCAUAUAUCUUAUAAAUUUGAUCAAGAAAAACAUCAUUUGACACCAGCUAUAUCAUCAAUUGUUAAAAAAGUUUACCAGGAUAAUGAUAAAAGAGAACAUAUAUAUUCUAAUCAUAUAAAUGAAAAAGAGAUAUAUGACUAUUGUAAUUGGAGUGAACAUAUGAGUAGAUCAGGUAGAAAAUAUUAUUUUAACAAUCGUACAGAAGUAUCACAAUGGGAAAAACCUCAAAUUAUGCAAGAUAAGGAAUUAAAUAGCAAAGGCAGAAAAUCAACAAACUUCCUUAAUGAUAUCCAUAUUAACCAAGAUUUUUUGAAUAAUGCAGAUGAUCAAAAAUCCAAUGACCCUAGAAAUCUAUUAUGCUGUGAAAAGGGAAAAUUAGAUAACACAACCUUAACACAUAAUCCUAACUAUAACAGAGCUUUCAUUCAAAAGUUGAACAAUGAAACUGAAAGUACUAACAACUCUUCCAAACAUCUGGCCAAACAAAAUCAAUUCAACAAUCCGCCUAUUGACGAUGGAUCAACAUCACCCACUGUCAAAAUUAAUUUACAAACAGCCCUCCAUAAUUUACACCAAGCCAUCAUGUUGUCUCAAAAAAUCAAACAAAAUCAUGAUCACCUUACCCCUUUUUUAUCAACCAAAUAUGACUAUAACCAGUCCCGGUUCAAGUCUAGUGUCUCAAAUCAUUCAUGCGGUUCUGAAUCCCUUGGCACUUCAAAGGAGCCUGAAGGAGAUAUUGAAUCCAUAUCAUCUCCCGAAGGAGAUGGGUGGCUCUCUCCCGAGGAAUUGACAAAACCUAUUCAUAUCGACAGAACACAGCAUAUUGUUGAUCAACCCAAAGAUUCAAAUUAUUGUGAUCAAAAGACUCUUAACAUCUGUCAUACAACUACAAGCAAAUUUGGUAUACCAAUAUCUCUUAUCCCCACAUUAAAUAUGAUCGAUUUUGGUUCAUAUUCCUUGUUCAGGCCUUCCUCAUUAUCUUCAUCGUAUCCCUUACAUGAUUGGAUAAAUGAUCUUGGCAUAUGGAAUGAUAUUACUAUAUCAUAUAAAAAUAUUCUCGGUACUCGCAAUGCAAACAACCUUAUCACAUUACCUCUUCCACUUGAAAAAGAUUUAGCAAAACCUCCUGAUCGCUCUUGCCUUUUAACACUUGACUACAAACCCUUAGCUCCUUUAAUCAAUAAUAACGAUAAUAUACUCACUAUAACUUCGAAUAUCUUGAAUAAAUACAACAGCAAUUGUCUCACCAAAAUAACUCAUGAUUGCAAAACACUAUUGAUGGCUGCCAACUCAUUUCUGAGUACUUUAUCUAAAUCAUAUCUUUAUGAAGACCCUUACUCCAUUAUUCAUCACAAUAUGGUCCCAAAUAUGCCAACAUCCCGAUUCCCUACCAGCCUAGAAGAAGUUUUUAAAUUCGAGGCCACCGACAUUAUAAACAAAGCGAAUUUGAUAUAUUACGAGGGAGUUCAAAAUUUUUUGCACUACACAAAAAUAGAAUUUGAUCUAUUGACUCACGAUUCGCUACUUAAUUUGUUUCAAACCCAAGUUUAUCUUUUGGACGAAAAAAUAAAAGGAAUUCAAGCGCGCUCCCAAUACAUCAACGAAUUGAAAUUAGAUAAAAAGGGAACAUAAUCCCCACUAACAUUUAAUUACUCUAUCCAAUUUUUAUUACCAGGUUAUAUGUAAACAUGCACACUAUCUUUUGUAUAAAAAUUCUAUACAUCCAUUUAUUAUGAAUUAUUAUAAACAGACAUAAACCCUCCAUCUCAAUUACAUUAUUCAUAAUAUGUAAUUUGAUUUUCCAUAUCAUGAUAUUUAAAUAUAAUUUGUAAACAAAAUUAGUUUUUUAUUGGAAGACAUAUUUCUUUUGCAAUCCCUCUUAGCCAAAAUAAUAUAUUGUAAUAUAUAUCUUUUCAAACAUUUUGACGAAGUGUAUAUAAGAAAAACGAACAUAUUUGAGAUAAAUAUUAUUGUUAAAUUUUGUUAUUUUAUGUUUUUUUUAGAAAAAAUGCAUUUAUAUAAUAUAUCCAUGAAAAUCUGAAAUUUCAUGCUGGAAUAAUGAAAUAGAAUAUGUUGAUAAAUCAAUAA